AUGCAUGUCAGGUGCUUCAAGAGAUAGGGUUUGGUCUGACAAGGGAAGUUGUAGGGAGGGUCAUCAUGGAAUAUUUGGCUUUAGCUAAACGCCAACACUCGUUCAAAACCCAACCAGGUAAAGCAUGGUGGAGAGGGUUUAUGGAUCGUUGGCCAAUGCUCACUGAGAGAAAAGCACAGCAUCUCUCAAAGAAAAGAGCACAGGGGGCCAAUGAAGAAACCAUAAAAUCAUUUUUUGAACGGGUUGAAGCACUAUUACGUGAAGCAGGAUUGCUUUACAUAGAUGGG